UGGUCGAUCGCUUAAAACAAUUGGCUUUCUGAGUCGGUUUCUUGGUUCUCACGAUUAAAUUUUAUAAUUUUAUGUGUAUAAAUAACUAAGAUGUCUAAAAUUUUUACUCCAACCAAUCAAAUUCGCCUUACAAAUGUUGCUAUUGUGAGGCUAAAGAAGGGUGGUAAAAGAUUUGAAAUAGCAUGUUAUAAAAAUAAAGUUGUAUCAUGGAGAAGUAAGAUAGAGAAAGACAUUGAUGAAGUACUACAGACUCACACGGUAUUUACAAAUGUGUCAAAGGGACAGGUAGCUAAAAAGGAAGACUUGGUAAAGAUUUUUGGUAAGGAAGACCAGACUGAAAUAUGUAAAGAGAUACUGGAAAAGGGGGAGCUACAAGUAUCUGAUAAGGAAAGGCACUCACAAAUUGAUUCUCUCUUCAAAGAUAUUGCCACAACUGUAGCUGACAAGUGUGUUAACCCCGAAACAAAGAGGCCAUACCCUGUAUCAAUUAUAGAAAAAGCUAUGAAGGACAUUCACUUUUCAGUCAAUGUUAACAAAGGUGCAAAACAACAGUCUUUAGAUGUAAUACCACUGAUAAAAAAAGAGAUUCCUCUUGAAAGGGCUCAAAUGAGAGUCAGGAUACUACUGCAUGGGAAAGAUGCACGCAAAAUAAGAGAUAAAGCUGUAAAACUUGCAAUGAAUGUUGAAGAAGAAAAUUGGGAAGCCGGAACUGCAAAUAUAAUAUGCCUUAUUGAUCCAGGUAGCUUCAGAACCUUAGAUGAGAUGAUCAAGACUGAGACUAAAGGAAGUGGGCAAUUUGAAUUAUUAAAUUUGAAAGAAAUGGUUGAAGGUGAACAAGCUCUAUAAGUAUAAGUUUGUAAUGUUUCAUAUUAUAUUAAUAAGCAUUUGUAUUUUGUGCACUAAAACUUAUUAUAACAUUGAUGUUAGAAAUGUGAAGUUUUUUUUCAAAUAAAACCAUAUUAACUUUUUA